AACAAUAUGUAACCGGUUCUGUCCCUCUCCUGACAUAUCCCCAUUCAAUCUCACGAUUUUUGAUUUUUCCAAUAUUUCAGAAUGUCACUAUUAGUUGAAUAUUCAGACAGUGAAAGUGAAAGUGAUGUUGAUUCAGAAUCAGAACAAGCAGUUUGUCCAAAGAAAAUGAAAUUCUCAGAAAAGACUGAUAAGCUUCCAGAUCCCAAAAGGCAACAGCUUCCCCUACCAGAUUCCAUUGUUAAGUUAUUUGAUAAAGAAGAGAAACAUGAAGAUGAUUUAAGUAAACAUGGCGGAAGAAUUAGGACAUUUUCUCAUGAAAAAGGAAACUGGGCAACACUUGUGUAUAUCCCUUAUGAAGCUGACAACCACUUAACAGAUAUGGUUGAAGAACUACUUCUUUGUCUAAGACCUUUAGAAUUUAACAUGAUGGAGGAAUUCCAUAUGAGUUUAUCAAGAACAGUCACAAUCAGGCAUCAUUGGAUACAGUCACUAGUAGACUCUCUACAGUCUAAAGUAUCUCUCUUGUCUAGUUUUCCAUGUGAAAUGACCAAGCUUAAAUUUUAUGUAAAUGAUGAAAAAACAAGAUCCUUUCUUGCGAUAGAAGUGGCCUCCAUAACAAAGACAUUAUCAAAAUAUGUACAGGUGGUGGACACAUGUUUUAAGGAGUUCAAGCUACAAACUUAUUAUAAGAACCCAUCAUUUCAUAUUAGUUUGGCUUGGUGUGUUGGUGAUGUUAUCUCUAAAAUAUCCAAAGAAAAGACUGAAGAAUUAGAGAAAAUAUGGAAUACCACUUGUGAAGAAAAUCCUGAACUAAAAUACUUUUAUGCCAGAAAAGUCAACUGUAAGACAGGGAACAGGGUGUUUAGUUUUGAUGUCACAGAUACUUGAUGGGGACCGUAAUAAAGGGUUUUUGAAAAGACAUUAAGAAAGAAGAUUUUUCAAAAUGAAUACACACUGAUGAAUAAUUUGCAUUGUUUGUACAGCACUUAUGUUAUAGAAAAGAACUGGAUUGUAGUAGAAAAUAUGUUAGCUUGCCAAGUUAUCUAUCAUGUCUAUGGAAAGAGCAAGAAAUCAGAGGACAAUAUGUAAAAUUUGCAGUCAACUGUUUGAAGUUUUGAUUGGUUAAAGGACAUAACUAAAAAUAUAUUAAGGAUCACAGAGAUAGAUUGAUUUGACACUGAAAUGAUCUCAUGUUUACUAUCAGUUUUAUAAUGUGAAAACUGAAACACUACAGACAGAAAAGAUUUGUCCUAAGUUUGAUAUGAAUAUAUUAUAAAUAAAACUGAACUUCAUAUAUUUAAUUUGUACAUUGAAAUACGUUAAAAUGGAAAUAGCAACAUAUGUAGUGAAAUUGCAACAAAUGUUUCUGGAACUAUUACUUUACUAAAAACAUCUGACAAAACCCAGACUUAAAGUCCAACACGAAAAAGACUUCUCUCAUUAGGCAGACUAUAUAUAAUUUGAGGAAACAAACAAGUCUUAAUGUGUGUUAAACAAAAACACAGUAUAGCAAGCUCACAAGAAAACAACUGGUAUUUAAUAACUAGAAUAAAGAAUCAAAAUGUAGAAAGUGCUAGUGAUGGCCUGUUUGAAUUUAGACAGUUCAAGUGAGUAAAGUAGAAAAAUAAAGAACAGUGGAGUGGUGACUUCCCUUGCUAGUAUAUAUAUAUGAUAUAUAUACUUUUUUCAGUAUAAAAGUGAGUGCAUUAUUUAAUACAGUAUUCUGUUUUUAUGGUUUGUUUCAGAUCUACAAUGUAUUGCAUGUGAUAUCCUGUUAUUCAUCAAUAAUUUAUGGUUUGUUUGGGUCACAAAAUAUAUUUUUACAUGUGAACUACUUGUUGUAUAAAGUCCUUAAAUUGCAACUCCCUUAACAAUAUUGUUUGUUCCUCCAUCCGUUUGCCCCCUUCAGGUUAAAGUUUUUGGUCAAGGUAGUUUUUAAUCAAGUUGAAGUCCAAUCCACUUGAAACUUAGUACACAUGUUUCCGAUGAUAUGAUCUUUCUAAUUUCAAUGCCAAAUAAGAGUUUAUCCCAAUUUAUCACAGUAGAACAUAGAAAAUGAUAUUGCAAGUGGGGCAUCCGUGUAUGGACACAUUUUUGUUCAUUGUAAGACUGUCAUUUCCUUAAUUCACGUUUUCAGGAAUUGAAAUUUAUAAUAGCAAAUGAAGAGUCUGAUGUAGACCAGAGUUUUUUUUUUAUAGUAUUGUAGUGUACACUAUUUCAGAUGUAAUAAAAUUUUGGUAGAACAAGUUUAAGUUGUUAGUAUCAAAAAACAUAUUUUGAUAUAGGCUUGGCCUUUAUAAAUUCUAUCUUUAAAUGAAUGAUAUGCAUCAUUUUGUGUCAAAGUGAGUGGGGGGAGGCAAUCCUCUGAUCUAUGAUCAAGGUGGAUAGAUGAUAUAUACUUCAUAAAUUAUUUUAGUUUUAUAGUGGACCUUUGGCCAAUGCACUAGUAAAUAACACAAUAUAUGCUAUUAUUUAAAAUAAAAAUAUAACACUCCUAGAAAAAAGCAAAUGAUUUAUAGUGAGGUUGUCUGAAUCACUGUGACCAAAAUUAUUUACCUUUAUAACUUAUACAAGAGUAAACAUCAUUAAUUCAUUUCAGUUGAGCUAUUAAAAGAAUACCACCUACA